UUUACUUGGAUGGGUUGAACUUGAUGGACUCUGGUCUUUUUUCAACCCUAUGUAACUCUGUAACUAUGUUCUGAACCCUCUUGCGGAACUCAUUUCUCCAUUAUCCCCUCAUUCCGUGCCUCCUGGUGUGUGAAAGGAGAAAUCCACUAACCAGUAAAAGGAGGAUUAUACCUGGUGCUUAUGUAGUGGCCAGAGCUUCUCCCAAAUGGGAUGAAGGAGAUUAGAGGUAUUAGGAUGACGUCUUGCGAAUGUCAGUUUAACCACCUGAAACACUGAGUCUCUCCCUUCUUUGGUGGAACGGGGCCCCCAGAAGUAGGUGUAGGUGUUGUCUCUGCCGAUUUCCCUUUCGUGAUUGUGCUAUUAAUAUCCUCCCCUUCGGUGACUCCAGGAUUCCUCUUGCCCCACGUAGGGUCUCCAGUAUGGAACAACGUCACCUCUUGCCUCCAUUAUUCGAGGACUGACUGCUAAUCUCCGACAGAUCUUAAUACGGAAAUAUUGAUAUAUCUGCUGUUUCUGCAUCCCACCCAUUUGCCACCAUGGCCCUAAUGAAAACGAAAUUUAACCUAAAGAGGAGAGUGAAACUAGCCCAAGGGCUAUGGCUGAUGAACUGGUGCUGCGUCUUGGCAGGCAUUGCCCUCUUCAGCAUGGGGAUAUUCCUGAAAAUCGAGCUGAGGAAGCGCAGUGAGAUAAUGGACAACGAAGAGAGCCAUUUUGUACCCAAUUCCUUGAUACUGAUGGGCGCCCUGGCCUGUGCCCUCAAUGCGUUUGCAGGGAAAAUCUGCUACGAUUCCCUGGAUCCCAACAAGUUUGCCAAGUGGAAGCCCAUGCUGAAACCUUAUCUGACCGUCUGUCUCCUCUUCAACGUCUUCAUCUUCUUCACUGGCGUGGUCUGCUUCUUGGCCAGGGGCUCCUUGGACAGCACCUUGGCCCACGGCUUAAAGAAUGGUAUGCGCUACUAUAAGGAUACUGACACCCCCGGCCGGUGCUUUAUGAAGAAGACCAUUGACUUGCUGCAGAUCGAGUUCAAGUGCUGUGGAAACAAAGGCUUCAGAGACUGGUUUGAGCUCCAGUGGGUCAGCAACCGCUAUCUGGACUUCAGCUCCAAGGAAGUGAAAGAUCGCAUUAAGAGCAAUGUAGACGGCAAGUAUUUGAUCGACGGGGUUCCCUUCAGCUGCUGCAACCCCAGCUCCCCCCGGCCCUGCAUCCAGCUGCAAGUGACAAACAACUCAGCUCAUUACAGUUACGAUCACCAGACGGAGGAGUUGAACCUGUGGACCCGAGGCUGCAAGGAGGCUCUGCUGACCUACUACACCAGUAUGAUGAGCUCCAUGGGAGGAAUGGUGAUGCUGGUCUGGAUCCUGGAGAUGGUUGUUAUGAUUGGCCUGAGGUUUCUGCACACGUGUUUGGAGAGCAUUGCCAACCCUGAAGAUCCCGAGUGUGAGAGUGAAGGUUGGAUACUGGAGAAAAGCCUAAAGGACACAAUCAAAUCCUCCUGGGAAUUGGUGAAGAGUAUGGGUAAGCUGAACAAGGUGGAGACCGCUGGUGGUGAGGGAGACAAAGAAGCAGGAGUAGCGACUGUCAGCUGAACGGACUGUCAGCCGGACUAAGUGGGACUUUUAUUAAAUAACCAUCUCAAUGUAAAUAUUCUCACUGCAAGCAAAGCCAAGUGGGCCGUCAAGCCCCCCUGCACGUGUCUAUCCAUCAGGCUUCUCUCUACAGCACAAGUGCAAUGCCUCCGGCCAAUAGGAGUGCUUCCCACCUUGUAUCCACAGCACCUCAUAUAGAGUCCAACACUGAGCAAUAGCUUUAUACAAUAAAUACACUAAUAUUUA